AUGAAGCUGAAUGAGCGGAGCGUGGCCCACUAUGCCACCUGCGACUCGCCAGCCGACCAUGCCGGCUUCCUCCGCAAGCGCGUGGAGCGGCACCACCCCCACGGCCACCACCCCACCUCCUACCAGCGUCGCUGGUUCGUCCUCAAGGGCAACCUCCUCUUCUACUUUGAGGAGCGGGAGAGCCGGGAGCCUUCCUCCUCCGGUAGGAAGAGGCAUCUCUCCAACCCUGCCUUGGUGCCUCUCCAGGAGAAGCCCACCCCCCUGGAGAAUGGUUACUCCACGUGGGGUAGUGGGGGUGGCAUCCCCGGGGUGGCCACCUGCCCUGAUCCUGACGGAGGGCACGCCAAGCCCCCACCUCUGCCUCCACGCCGGCGCUCAGCUGCUGGCAGCGCCGCGGGUUCCUCAGCACCCGGGCUCUCACCAGCCGGGCUGGAGAGCCCGGUGUCACUGGAGACAGCCUGCUUCUCUAAGCUGCACAGCUGGUACGGGCAGGAGAUUGCAGUGCUGAGACAGGAGUGGCAGGAGAGGCAAAAGAUGGGACACCCGUGA